AUGAAUGUCAACAGCUUCCUCGCGUUAUCCAGAGCUUUUCCACGCGAAAAGAACAGACUCGUGUGUCACGCGUGGCACCUGGGGAAACAGGCGCUGCGUGUUCAGCAGCGGAGGACGAUCAGAACUCAUUCAAGGAGUCUGGCCUACGCCAAGGAUCUGUUCCUGGGUCAGAUCAACAAGGCUGAGGUCUUCCCUUAUCCAGAGAUUGGAAGCGAUGAGUUGGAGGAGGUUAAGCAGUUUGUUGCACCAGUGGAGAAGUUCUUCAACGAGGAAGUUGAUUCAGCGAAAAUAGAUCGAGAAGCCAAAAUCCCAGCAGAGACCCUGAAUGGCCUGAAGGAGCUGGGCUUGUUUGGAAUCAUGAUCCCUGAGGAAUAUGGUGGUCUCGGACUCUCCAACACCAUGUAUGCCCGGCUGAACGAGAUCAUCGCGCUGGACGGCUCUAUUGCCGUCACUCUGGCUGCACAUCAGGCCAUUGGUCUGAAGGGGAUUCUGAUUGCUGGGAACGAAGCACAGAAGAAGAAGUAUCUGCCCAAGCUGGCUUCAGGAGAACACAUCGCCGCUUUCUGCCUUACAGAACCUGGCAGUGGAAGUGAUGCAGCUUCCAUUCAGACUCUAGCGACUCUGUCUGAAGAUGGAAAACAUUACCGGAUCAAUGGUUCCAAGUUUUGGAUUUCAAACGGAGGCUUCGCAGACAUCAUGACGGUGUUUGCUCGGACCGUAGUGGAGGUAGACGGUGUGAAGAAAGACAAGAUUACCGCCUUUAUCGUUGAGAAAGCUUUUGGGGGCAUCACCAGCGGCAAACCUGAAGACAAACUUGGCAUCAGGGGUUCCUACACGUGUGAAGUGUCCUUUGACGACGUUCCUGUUCCCGUGGAAAACGUGAUUGGAGAAGUAGGAGGCGGAUUCAAGGUCGCCAUGAACAUCCUGAACUCUGGGAGGUUCAGUAUGGGCAGUUCUUGUGCUGGAAUGAUCAAAAAGCUGAUGGAGCUGACCUCAGAGUACGCCGUCAGCAGAAAGCAGUUUAACAGAAACCUGAGUGAGUUUGGGAUGAUCCAGGAGAAGUUUGCUCUGAUGGCCAUCAAUGCCUUUGUGAUGGAGAGCAUGGCGUACCUGACUGCGGGGAUGAUGGAUCGCCCAGGCGUCCCAGACUGCUCGUUAGAGGCCGCCAUGGUGAAGGUCUUCAGCUCAGAGGGAGGCUGGAUCUGUUGCAGUGAGGCUCUGCAGGUUCUCGGAGGUCUGGGCUACACCAAGAACUACCCGUUUGAGCGCUACGUCAGGGACUGUCGCAUCCUGCCCAUCUUUGAGGGGACAAACGAAAUCCUGAGGAUGUACGUCGCGCUCACCGGGAUGCAGUACGCCGGCAACGUGCUCACGGGAAAAAUCAAGGAGAUGAAGAAAGGAAAUAUAUUCAUGGCCAUGAACAUGGCUGGGAAGAAGCUGAGGACGUCGCUGGGAGCAUCGGUGGACCUCGGCCUGACGGGGAAGGACGGGGUGGUUCAUCCCAGCCUGGAGGAAAGCGCUAAGAAACUGGAGCAGAACGUGAGCCUUUUCGGGAUGACGGUGGAGAGCCUUCUGUACAGAUACGGAAAGAGCAUCGUGGACGAACAGCUCGUCCUGAAGAGGGUGGCGGACGUCCUGAUCAACAUGUACGCCAUGACGGCCGUCCUGUCCAGAGCCAGCCGCUCCAUCAGCAUCGGCCUCAGGAAUCACGACCACGAGGUGCUGCUCGCCAACACAUUCUGCAACGACGCCUUCUUCAAGAACAAUUACUCCAUGGUUCAGCUGCAGAAACAUUCUCCAGAAAACAACGACGCCAGCAUCAAGAAGAUCGCCCAGGCGGUUUUGGAGAACAGAUCCUAUAUUUGCUCGCACCCUCUUGAAAGAACAUUCUGAUUUGUCUCCUGUGAUGUUGGAUCCGCCUCUGUUUCUGUGGCUGGAGGAGAAACGUAGCAUGAUUCCUGUGUUUUAUCAGCUGUGGUCUUUGAGCUAACCUGUGAGGUCGAUGGACAAAGCCGUCCUACCGGGAGGAAACUAUCCCAAAGUGCUCUUUAACAAACCAUCAGUGAAGAAAAUGUUAAAUGAAAGCCAGUUUUUAACAGAAAGUCCAGAUUUCUUGUAAAUUGCCGUGUGUAACAUGUUUAGGAGAUGGAUCAUAUGUGCUUCUCCCAGUCGGACUUGUUCUCUGAGGAAGUUCAGCUGGUGCUUCCCUCAUCAGUCAGAGCUGAGGAGUCUGCUGCUGCUUCAAGUAUCAUUUGUCAUGCUUAUUUACGGUUUCAGUGAGCAGUAAACUCGUUUCAAUGUUUUUGUUGCAGCCGUCAGGUUUUGAACCUUUCACAAUAAAAUAAGCAGCUUUAAUCAGAAAGCUGUACCUGGGAACUGCAUCGUUUCUGCUGCUGAUGUUGCAUCGCGUGCUGGUGGCUCCUCUCCUUUAACUUUCCACAGCUUCACUGUGGACUGACUUUGGCCUCCACCAAUUUGUUUCAUAAACGUUGCAAAGUCUUCCAACAGUAGUCUGACUAUUGUGAAACGCAGCCCUCUCUCAGAGAGUUGUGGCAAUAGAAAAGAUCUGUGGAGAAGAUCUGCUUCAUGCUCAAUUAUGGACCGAUUGUCAAUCAUCCAAAAUGAAAGAAAUUUGGCCGAUCAAUCUGCACAUCCCCACCGCUCGAUCCCUGGACCUUCAUCCAAAAGGAUCCUGUCAAUCUUCAUCAAACAGGCCUUACGUCCGACAUGCUGUUCUGAGGUAAAGAUGGUGAAAGCAGAAGACCUGCUCACAGGAGGCGAGUUGGUCGUCUCCACGCAGUACAGCCUGAGUGACCUGCUUUUAUAACCAAACGACAGAUCCGGUGUCUGGACUGAGCUCUGGCUUUACGGAGUGGUAACCUGGGAAUCGAGAGCGGACACACCCUUGGCUCCAAGCAUUUAGCUCUUCGUCCUGUUUACAGAAGAGAUCAUCUAAAACUGAACACAGAGUGAAGGUUUAUAGGAGUAAAAGUAGCAAAUGAAACGAGGGAAUUACUCGUUUUGAUUAAUGUCUUCUGUGAGAAAAGUUCUUUUCCAGUGUUGUGUGGGAAGACUGGGCUGUUAUGUGCAAACUGGCUGAAAUUCCACCAUCUGGAGCUUCCAUCAAUAACAUGUCAAUAAGGGUCGGUCUUGUGCGAAAUACUCACUGCUUGGACAGAUAGCUCUGAUCUCAGUCUACUGCAAGGAGCCAGAACUUUACGUCUUUUAGCUUUUACAGAUCUUUUUAUCCUGUGUUUAAGAACCCGUUGAACCAAAAGAAAGCAAAACCAGAGCAGGAGAACCACCACAGAGUUCUGGGUUCAGCUGCUUGAGAUGAAGGAUAACAAUCUGUUAAUGUGGUAAAGGUACAGGAUUCUUUUUAAAGGGUUUUCUAUCAGAACUCCGUCAUGAUGAAUGCUUGUCUUUGAUAUUAAACACGUUGCUGUACCUGUGGGGAUUUAAUUAUGAGACCUUCAUAAGACAUUUUACAAGCAACCCCCUUAAUAAAAAGUCUAAAUUAA